GCCACGGGUGAAGGCGGGUGUCCCGAGCCAACGGGCUCUCGAGUCGUUUACAUUUAUACAAAAAAAAUUACUAAAAUACAUUUCAUCCGUCUAACGAUUGCAGAUUCCGGUUGAUUUAAAAGAUAGAACAUAUCGCGAUGGAGCCGGCGCCGCUGUCUAAGACGGCCAAGUACAAGAAGAUAACGAAGCCGCUUUUGGAGAGGAAGCGGCGCGCGCGCAUCAACCGCUGCCUCGAUGAACUCAAGGACCUCAUGGUGGGCGCUUUAGAGAUCGAUGACGACAACUUAAGCAAACUCGAAAAGGCCGAUAUCCUAGAAUUAACGGUAAACCAUCUCACUAAACUACAUACCCCUAAGGACCCAGUUUUGGAAGCAAAGAAGUUUCAAGCCGGUUUUGGACAAUGCGCAGCCGAAGCUUGCAGGUUCAUCAUGUCGGUUCCAGAUUUGGAUGAGAAAGUCAGUCAGAAUCUAAUCAGUCAUCUAUCAAGGCUUAUCACGUCACAGCCUUUGACCAUACAUGUGCCGGAGAGACCGCCUUUUUCUCCGCCAACCUCCCCGUCUUCAGUUGUAUCCGAUCGCCAUCAUUACUACAGCGAUCACGAGCGAUCUUCGUCGGAUGCAGAAGAUUCAGUAUACUCGGGAGAUGGAACAAAACAAUGGUCUUAUUCUAGACAAGCGAAGGCGCAGCCUAAACCGUACCCUAUGGCCGGUCUCCUCACCACAGUCGAUAAACUACAGCAGCCGGUACAAGAGCCUAGUUCCGGACGGAAUGGCUACUUCAACAGAGUCCCGGCUGAAGCAAAGGAUGCUAUUUUACAAAAGAUAAGGCAACACAUAAUGGACAAACGGGGGAACGAUCACAGCCCCGUUGUUGACUUUAACGAUCAACCCGAACCAAGAUAUAUGCCCAGAGAAGAUGCAUACAGACCUGAAUACGAUUACCAAAUGGCAUCGUAUCCCAGUAACAACGACACACUAGACUUGAGAAAGGUUAAAUCGCCUGUGUCGGUGAGCGAGGUCGCACAUUCACCGAAAAACUUUGAACAGCGCAACGCCAAUGAAGAAUCGACGGUUUAUAGUAAACCCAAUGCGGCCAGUCUUCCGGAACAUUGCGAGUCGCCAAUGGAUUAUAGCAACUUGCCACCAAAAAAGAAAAGGAAACUGAUCGAGUACCAGGAGUAUAAAAAACAGGAGGAGGCUAAACGACAACUUGACGCUUUUUAUGCCGAGAAAAAAGAUCACCUUCGGCCGGGACCUCCGGCGGACGAAUUGGACGCCAACAAAUGGCGCCCGUGGUAAUUCCUGUCUUUUAAUGUCAUUGUCAUUGUGAUAUUUCUUCCAUUAUAAAGCUUUAAUUUGUUUAAGUUUAUAUUAUAAUGUUUUAUAAUUAGUAUAAGAUUCAAAAGUGCCUUAAUAAUAUAAUUUAAGCCAGUUAUAGGACGGGUUGUAAUUACAUCGUCGUGCCAUUUAUUUGAUCUCGUCUUCCUUAAAAUUUAAGAUUAUUUUUUUGUAAUCUUCCAAAACAAGAAUGUUCUACGUUUUAUUAACUUUAAUUUAUUAUCAACCGUGAAAUCAUAAAUAUUUAAGGUUGAU